AUGUGGGUUAAAGAAAACGGCAAUAACAGCACAAUUUUUCAGACCGGAAAAUAUUUGGUGCUUACUAAUGUAUCAUCUGCAGACCGUGGUCUCUAUGUAUGCUUCGCUUCCGUGCCUCCUCGCAAUGCCACAGACAUAGCCUUAGAAAUUGUUAAUAGCACAAAAACCGAUGUAGCAAUUAGAGUAGAAUUAUAUUCGAAUAAUAGCGUAUUUAGUAAUAGUGAUACUAGUGUAGAAACAAAUGUAGACUUAUUAAAAACGACAACACCAACAAUACCAGCAAUACCAGCAACACCAAAAAAUGUUAAAUUAUUGCAAACUGAAACUCUAACAAAAUUGUCCUCAUCCUCCUCCUCCUCCUUGGCACCUCACACUAUUGCAAACAGUAGCAGUAGUACAACUAAUUCCACCUUACCAACGCUUAACGAAGAAGAAGAGCAAGAAUAUCAAGCAAUACUUAAAGUCAAUCUAACUGUACGUACACCACCUGGUCCAGUAUCACAACUCUAUUUUAAAGCAUCCACUAUUUUGGGUUUUCUCAUUUGGCGUUUCAAUAAAACCGCCGCUGGUGGGUAUCCAGUCCGUAGUUUCACAGCAGAGUAUCGUAAUGUUUCCUAUGUUCAAACGCCAUAUAACAGCUCUUUCGAACAUGCAUGGAUACGUAUGGAUCCUAUAAACAUUGCCCCAAAUGUGCGUCAAAUGGAAGUGUAUCAUCUUGAACCCAACACCACCUAUGAAUUUCGAAUAUGGGCAAACAAUGUAUUGGGAAGCGGUGAAGUGGUAACAACCAAUGUAACAACGCUACCAGAAACCAAGGAAGAAGAAUUGCUUAAAUCUUUGGCUUCUCUGAUAUAUAAAGCAGUUGAAGAUGGCUGGGAUAGCAUUGAGCUAAUACCGAACAUUAUACUAAACCCUGGCUUUUGCGAGUCCACAGCGAACGGUGGCCAGGCAGGUCCAUAUACACGUACAAUAAUCUUCGGUGAGGAUGAUGACAGUGACGAUUAUGAUAGCGAAUCUGAUCAUGAGCCCACAAUGGAGAAAUUCAAACGAAAGGUAUCAGUAUUUUUUACAGGUCCCACCAUUAAACGUAUUUGAGAGUACAACCACAAAAAAACUAUACAUUAUAUUUUGAAUUUAAUUUGUUUCUGAGAUUUUAAA